AUGCCGCGGAGCCAUCGACGUGGUCUACGUCGCCCGUCAGCUAAAUCAAAAGUGCUGGGAGACGCGGGUCCACCUCUACACCACCUUCGUGGAUCUGACGAUACGGUGAAUCGCGAUGGUCUCUGGAAAAUCAAACAGAAAUCCGGAUGUUCUGAGCUAUUCACAGCUCACAAUGAGAUGGUGGCGCGCAUCACGAACGAGGAAGCCGUCUCAGAGGCAUUCGCAGCGGCCAACGAAGUGAGUCGUUGUUGCGUGGUCUCUGUAGAAUUCCCACUCAGUGGGAUCCGAUCUCGUUGCUGUUGGAGAAAAAACCUGGUAAAUUUUAUGCUUUGAACCAGGGGAUGUGGUGGCACGCCUAGGUGAGGGUCUUUGUCGUGCCAGUCACCUGCGCCCUCUCUCGCUUCCGGUCUUCUUGACUCUGUUAUGACACCGGACCCAGGUGGUGAGGAGGGAGUGCGUUAGCUGCUCAGCAAAUUCACUAUCAUCACAAACGAAUCCUCACGUAAGUCACCGUCCCUGUUCUCAGACAACUGUUGAGCACACGGUGGACGUCGUGGGAAAUGACUAUCUAAAUUCCAGGAAUAUGCUAUAUGAUAGUCAUUAUUACAAAAUCACCUAAGUUAUCCUUUCUAACUCAUAUAAUAUUCCAGAAUGCCAGUUUAUGUUUCAAACUAUACGCUACGCACUAAUGAGCCAGACAUGUCUACCCCAGCCUCUCCUGCCUAUACCAGCAACCCUCCUUCUAAAUUAGUAUAAAUAAAGAUAAAGUCACGUGUUCUCAAGCAUAAAUGAGAAAAAUAGGGCAAUCUCGGAAGGACGGCUUUAUUGUCCCGCCAUUUCCAAACCAGAAAAACUCUGAUCACAGGAUAUGAGCACUAUACUGCUCCUCCUGGUCUUUAGAGUGACCGUCAUAUUAGCGUGGCGGUAGUGACAAAUUCACCUCGGCAACCUCCGUAAAGACGGAGGAGGAGGAGGACGUCGUCUAUCUCCACGCCUCCUGUCACGUUGAUUCGUCGGGGCCGGUGUUCGGGCGUCGAUGUGAUCGCCCGCGUUAACAUAGACCUUUGCUGCCGCCUCUGGACCGCUAUUCUCCUUCGUACUCCUCGGCCGAACCUAUCCACGCUUGUAUGGGAAGUGGUUGCUACGCCGAUCUUGACGCCUGCACCUUCGCCCGAUUCGGGUUGUGGUGUGUCCACGCGCGUGGCUGGCUUGGGUUCGCCUGUGUGUGGGUUCGUCUUUAGCCCAGGUUCUCGUCUGCUCUUCCGUCCGGUGAAUCUUUAGGCCGCGGGAGGUCAGGCACAAUGAUUUAUGGAUGCUAUCCUCUUCAAAUUUCGGUUACUUCUCUGGCUGUCUUCCCUUCAACUCAGGAUUACCGAGAAUCUUGGAAUGUUUACGUCCGCCCAGAAUUUGCGCAGUGUUCUGCCGCCAAAGACAGCGACACCACCCUCUUUACCGCCCUGGGGUGUCAUCCUAUGCCGCUCACAGUAAGCCUCUGAAGAGGUACAGUCGAUCUGGCAAGUGACGUUCGUCCUUUCGUUUGUGGCAGGAGGCUUCUGUCUUAUGUCUUGAUUUAGGAAGACACUCCUGUCUGCGGGUGCUGCCGAUACUCAACCGUACAACGGCCUAGGAAAAACGGUCAGUGUAUGGAAACAUCUAUCAGAUUAUUGGCUUAUCUGUCACUGGCCCUUGGCCUUCCUGGAUGAUGAAAUCCUGCACAGAAAGAAUUACCGCACAGCCAGAGAAACAACUGAGGCCUGACACACGGGGAUAACGUCCAUCAACUAUUAUGUGGCCCUUCCUGGGGCCUACCAAACCCCCAGACACAGUUCAGUCAACAGAAGAGCAGACGGGAAGUUAGAGCCCAUCUGACACGCGGCAGACACGCAAGUAGAUACUCAACGACCCGGAUCGUACUAAAAUUCAGCCGUCAACGCCGGCGCAGAAGCCACUGUCCAGACGGACGAGCAGUGCGAACGAGAAUAGCGACCCAGAGGCAGAAACCGAGGUUAAUGUGGACGCGGACGAUGACCAGACCGGCCACCGACGAAUUAACCAAACGAGAGGACUGGAGGUGGACGAAGCCUUCUCUUCCCCCCUCUCUCCUCCUCCUCCGCUUUCGCGGAGACUGCAGAAAUGA